GUUCACAUAUUAUCAAAGUGACCGUCAUCCUUUAUCCCCUAUAGACAUUUCACAUCACAUAGCAAUGAGUAGUGCUACCCAUCCAUACCGUCAGAAGUUGGAAAACCCUCCUUAUCCUGUAGACAACGCUGGAUCCAGUACCACCUUGACGAACACCAACAAUAAUACUACCACCGCUCCCAAGUCCAUGUUAUUGGACAACCAAAAAUACCACGACGGUGGAAAUUCAUCCUCUACCGACUCAUCAACAGUAUAUGAAAUAACUACAGGAAUGGAAGAUAUGUAUUUUUCUCCUACCCAGAAUAGUAAUGCAUUACAAAUGAACCUUCACAAUACUAAUAACCCUGGUAUUAUUGUCAACCAAACCACAAGUGCUCAUGGUUCGAACAGUAGUACUAGUGCCCAAAACUCACCAGUUACACCACAAUACAAUCCACAUACCCAACAAGCUAUGGCG